AUGCUUUCAGAAAGGAAAGGAACGGAUGAACUUUAUGCCAUAAAGAUUCUGAAGAAGGAUGUGGUUAUCCAAGAUGAUGAUGUGGAAUGCACCAUGGUGGAGAAGCGAGUGCUGGCACUGGCUGGAAAGCCCCCCUUCCUCACACAGCUUCAUUCUUGCUUCCAAACCAUGGAUCGCUUGUAUUUUGUGAUGGAGUACGUGAACGGGGGCGAUCUCAUGUACCAGAUCCAACAGGUUGGGAGGUUCAAGGAGCCCCACGCUGUGUUUUAUGCAGCUGAGAUCGCCGUGGGCCUUUUCUUCCUGCACUGCAAAGGGAUCAUUUAUCGGGACCUGAAACUUGACAAUGUGAUGCUGGACUCUGAGGGCCACAUCAAAAUUGCUGAUUUUGGCAUGUGCAAAGAGAAUAUCUGGGAUGGAGUCACCACCAAGACUUUCUGUGGCACGCCCGACUACAUUGCUCCUGAGAUAAUUGCCUAUCAACCCUAUGGGAAAUCUGUGGACUGGUGGGCCUUUGGCGUCUUGCUGUAUGAGAUGUUGGCAGGGCAGGCCCCUUUUGAAGGAGAAGAUGAAGACGAGCUCUUCCAGUCAAUCAUGGAGCACAAUGUGGCCUAUCCCAAAUCCAUGAGCAAAGAAGCGGUGGCAAUCUGCAAAGGGCUCAUGACCAAGCAUCCAGCUAAACGGUUGGGGUGCGGCCCAGAAGGAGAACGGGAUAUCAAAGAGCACGCCUUUUUCCGAUAUAUUGACUGGGACAAACUUGAGCGGAAAGAAAUUCAGCCUCCUUUCAAGCCCAAAGCUUGUGGACGCAAUGCUGAAAACUUCGACCGGUUUUUCACUCGCCACCCACCUGUCUUAACACCACCUGACCAGGAAGUCAUCAGGAACAUUGAUCAAUCAGAAUUUGAAGGCUUUUCCUUUCUUAACUCUGAGUUUUUUAAGCCUGAAGUCAAGAGCUAAGUAGACCAUCCUCCCCCUCCCCCCCACCUCUUGCACACCCAUGACCAUUUCCAUUGGGUCCCAGCUGCUGUUGUGGUGGCAUCCUCUGUUGCAACCAUUAGCUGUCAUGCUUUGGAUAUUCUUUUUCUUUUGUGGUGAUACUGGAAUGACCAUCCUUCAAAGACCUGAGCUGUAACUGAGUAUCGUUGCAUCAGUGGCACAGAGGGGAGAAAGAACAACUGAAGUGUUAUGGCUGUGAGUCUAAAGAUGAGGUCCUCUUGGAGGUCCAGCCACACUGGGCAGGAGGCAAGAUUUGGAAAGACCAAUUUCCUUUAAAGUUAAUCUAGUGAAACACCUCUGGAUUUUGAGCACCUGUUGAUGGUACUCUACUCCUCUCCUCCCCUCCCAGUUUCUUCCCAAGGAAGCGGUUUGCAAAAGGAGUGGAUGUGUACUUGAUUUCCAAGUUGGAACUUUUCUCAGCUUCUUUAUCACUUGUGGAAUCUUCUCUCACAUGUUUAGAGGAGGCUGCCUCCUUAUCUUCUUGCAACUUUGAGGUGAAACCGAUCUGUACAGAGAGACAACUCUCAGUUAUUUCCAUGGCAUCUGCAAAAGUUACCAUGACCUAGAACUGGCUGCCAGAGGGUUUUGUGUACAACCUGCUUUUGGUCCUAAAACCUCAGUCAAUCAAUGAGGCCUAUCAAUAGAUGUUCAUACUCAAGGGUGUUUAACAUUCUUAUCCCAGGAAUCCUAGGGGAUUGAGAUGGGGGGCUAGGAUAGUCUCAAGAUCCUUUGAAAGAAGUCAUGCCAGUUAAAUGGGGUGAGUGAGGCAGAAGGAGGAAUCCCCUCGCCCCAUGUGGGCUAUGUUUGAAGUUACUCAGCCCCACAUAUAGGUCCACCUUAAAUUAUGCCAUUGCCAUUUCUAGUGUUUUUCUUAACUAUUGCAUUUAUUUGUAUUAAUAAAGUCACAUAUAAGAGAAGUCCUGGAAUUGGAUCCAACCAGGGGUUCAUUUGGCUUCCCCAAGGCCAAAAGAAAACCAUAAGCAGGACAUGGAGACAAACGCUUUCUGGUCUCGCCCAGCAAUGCCGAUGACAUAUUUGUAGAUGGCUGAGAAGGUUUCCUGGGUGAAACCUUGGAUGGCUCCCAGCAUGAAGGGGAGUGGGUCCUAAGGGUCUAGCAUGGAAGAAAACAGCCUCCUCCUGAGGAACAAAUUUACUCCCUGACCUGUCCAAUCCAGGUCAGAGAAAAAUGGGCACCUGAAAGGAUGGAGAACCGCUGACCUGACACAGUAGAAGUUCUGAAGAGUGGGAAAAAGUGAAACAAAGGCUUUGUGGGGAAAUGGUUGCAGGUUCCAGCCCAGCAUCUCUGGGGAGGGUAAGGGAAGGCUCCAGGGAGGUCCUCUGGAGCCAGUCAGUGUCAAGGGCCCUGAUUUGGCUUUCAGGGUUAGGAGAAGGAGAAGCGCCUCCCACUUGAGGGGAUUGCCUCUUGGGAAUACUGAGCCUGGACAAUUGUGUAAUUUUGGUUUUUUAUCCCAGGUUACCCUGCCCUGAUAGCGGGCACAUUUCAGCAUAGCUUUACCACAUGGUCUCAGGGGGCAUCAGCCUGGCCAUCAGAAUUCCCUUCGAAUAUUUUGGAGUCAGUGGUCAGCCUUGUAUCUAACAUUCCAUGUCACAGUUUUUACAUUUAAUUCUAACAACCCUGUGUGGGUUCCUUUGCAAGUAUUUUGGGGGGCAAGGGUUGGGUGCCGUUUGUCCAGCUGCCAAAUCAACAAAUUCCAUAUGUCCCACUGUGCUUUACCUGUGUCAAAAAUUUAGUAUUUUACUAAAAUUAAGCUGAUAUUUAAAAUCCAAAAAGUACAUGUGUAACUUGACUGAAGCUGUAAAGUAUUUUUGUCUUGACUAAUAUUCUUCUGAGAAUAAGAAAUAUUUUCUGCUGGAAUUUGAAGUUGUCUGUGUUUUUGGUAAAAGAAAGAAAGAAGAAAGAGAGAGAGAGAAAGAGAAAGAGAAAGAGAAAGGAAAGAAGAAAAAGA